AUGUUUAAGCGCCUUCAAUGCAUACGUGCUGAUGUGGACUCGGAGCGGUUCCAAAACAUGGACGAAUAUGCUUUAGCAGCAAUAGUUGAUUCAGUUAACAAACUGGAAUCUAACUUUUUGGCUGCACACACAAGUUUGGAAGAGCAUGACUUUGAAUCGAUUGGAAGUGAUUUACUUAUCCAAUUUGAUACGAAUUUGGUUCAGUUGAAAGCUACUUUACAACGUGAAAUUGGAAAGCGUAGCUCUUCUCAACAUUGCUCCACAUUCGAGAUGAACAGCAAUGAAUUCCAGCCUAUUAUAGUGAAUACUAAUCGUUCACGUUUGCCUCAAUUAACGUUGCCUAAAUUUAGUGGAUCCUAUAUAGAGUGGACAAAUUUCUAUUCGAUGUUCACAUCAGUCAUCGAUAAGGACAGCGACCUAAACGAUGUGGACAAAUUGCAACAUUUGCGUUCCUGUUUGAGUGGUGCUGCUCUUGACACCAUACGAUCGUUGGAAAUAAAUGAGGCUAAUUAUAAAAUCGCAUUAGAUCUUCUCAUUAAACGAUUUGAUAAUAAACGUCUUAUUUUUCAGGCACAUAUCAGGGAGAUUUUCGGGAUGGACAAAGCAGAUGGUAACGUCGGCAAGCUGAGAGCGUUGACUGACAAGGUCAAUUCGCAUAUAUGUGCGUUGCAGUCACUUGGUUCAAAAGAGCAAAUAGCGGAUUGCAUAGUGGUACAAUUCUUAACACAAAAGUUGGACAAAGUAACUCAAGCAAAAUGGGAAGAAACUAAUGGUCACGAAUUACCAUUAAUACCAAACUCUGUCCAAGCUAAUGCCAUGACUGCAACGCUGCCCACGCUGCCUGACAUCUCUGCUUCCCGAUCUCCAUCUGAUGUUGUGCUCUUAGCUACUGCAAUCGUUUUAGUAAAGAAUCGUGCCGGAACUUUCGUUCCUUGUCGUUCACUUUUGGACUCUGGCUCACAGAUUCACUUCGUCACAAGUCGCUUCGCAAACCAACUUCAACUGCAUAAAUCUAAAUCUUUCGCUUCGGUUUCUGGAAUUGGAGAUGCAAAUUUUCCUACAGAUGGAUACUCAGUCAAUCUCGUACUAAAGUCGCGGACUUCAGAUUACUCAACAAACAUUACUGCUCUUGUCGCUCAAACGAUCACUGAUAAUCAACCUGGAACUUCAGUCAUGACCGAUGAUUGGAAUGUUCCUUCGAAUAUUCAACUAGCUGAUCCUGCUUUCAAUAUACCACAGCGCAUUGAUAUGCUCAUCGGAGCAGAACUUUUCUUCGAACUCAUUUGUGUAGGGCAGAUAAAGUUGGCACCUGGGUUGCCCAUUCUUCAAAAAACUCGACUGGGAUGGGUUUUAUCUGGAGAUAUCCAGUUAGACAAAUUAGUUCGCCGCUUUUGGGAAAUCGAACAUGUUCAUGAACCAAUCACCAAAACUUCUAAAGAAGACCUCGAGUGUGAGGAACAUUUCAAAAAUAAUUGCUCACGUCUAUCAUCGGGCGAGUAUUCGGUUAGCUUACCCAUUAAGCGCAGCUUAGACUCACUUGGAGAUUCAUAUUUAACUGCUAGACGCAGAUUCGAGAAUAUUGAACGCAAACUUAGUAGAAAUCCUAAUUUAAAGGCGAAAUAUAGCUCAUUCAUGAAGGAAUAUGAGCACCUUGGGCAUAUGUCAUUAGUCUCUGAAAGAAUGAUUUCCAAGUGCAGGUACUUUCUACCUCAUCAUUGCGUUAUUAAGGAUGAUAGUACGUCAACGAAGUUGCGAGUUGUUUUUGACGGUUCUGCGGCCACAACUUCAGGGUUAUCACUAAAUGACAUACUCAUGACUGGACCUACCAUUCAACCUAAACUUUUCAACAUUCUUGUUCGUUUUCGUACCUUUCCAAUUGCACUCACUGGGGACAUUUGCAAAAUGUAUCGAUGUGUUCGCGUAACACCUCCAGAUAAUAUGCUUCAGUGCAUACUUUGGCGAGAUUCUCCAGAAGAAAAAUUACGUAUAUACAAGUUAAGCACUGUCACAUACGGCACCAAGCCUGCUGCGUUCUUGGCUAUACGUACUAUGCAUCAGCUAGCAUUAGAUGAAUCCUCAUCUUAUCCGCUUGGUUCAGAAAUCGUUCUUCGAGAUUUCUAUGUAGAUGAUCUUAUCUCCGGAGGAAGUUCAAUAGAGGAAGUACAAAAAAUCAGGCAACAAACUACAAACCUACUUUCUAAAGGUCAUUUUCAGUUAAGAAAGUGGUGCUCUAACAACUCAGAUGUUCUCAGCGAAAUUCCUGUCGCUGAUAGAGAAAGUUUCCUUAGUUUCGAUGAAUCCAGCGAUAUUGUCAAAACUCUCGGACUUGUUUGGAAUCCAUCGAAGGACGUCUUUUUGUUCAAAUACAAGCCUCAGCAAACAUUGGAAAAAUGUUCCAAGCGUUCCGUAUUGUCUACCAUAGCACGUUUCUACGACCCAUUAGGUCUGAUUGGUCCCACACUUACUAGAGCUAAAAUUCUGUUGCAAAGGAUGUGGAGAGACAAGCUCGAUUGGGAUGAAAGUUUACCACUUUCCAUAUGCACAGCAUGGUUAGCAUUUUGUAACGAUUUUGUUGAUCUUCAACACACAUCAUUUCCGCGCUAUGUUCUUCAGCCUGGCGCUACUGUUCAAAUACAUGCAUUUUGUGAUGCCAGUCUGGAAGCAUACGGCGCUUGUGUUUACGUUCGCUCAGUAAAGGAUGACGGCAUUAAAGUUCACUUGUUGUGCUCCAAGGCUCGUGUCGCCCCUCUGAAAACGUUGACAGUUCCCAAAUUAGAGCUUUGUGCGGCCGCCUUACUGGCGCAAUUAUUAUCUGAAUUAAGAAAAAUGAAUAUAUUUGAUUGUUCUUAUUACUGCUGGUCGGAUUCAUCAGUGGUUCUUUCAUGGCUACGAGAGGAACCUUCAAAGUUCAACGUAUUUGUUGCCAAUCGAAUUUGCGCUAUACAGCAACUAACUGAAGGCAUGCAGUGGCGUUACGUGCCCACCUCCAUGAAUCCAGCUGACAUCCUAUCAAAGGGCGCUACACCAAAGGAGCUCCUAAGGUCAAGACUUUGGACGUAUGGUCCACAAUUUUUGGAAAACGUUGAAUCUUCGUGGCCACAACCAUGCGCUCUUCAUAUAUCUCUACCAGAAACUCGUCAAAAGGUUUUGCACGUCUCAUCUGAUAGACCCGACAUAACUUUUUCGUUCAAAUAUAUCAACUCGUUCGGAACAAUGCAGCGUAUUUUUGGAUACAUAUACAAAUUUAUAAAAUCGAAAAGAUCACAGCUCACAACUACAGAUAUCCAUCGUGGGACUCAAUUGCUCAUACGCCUAGUCCAAAGAGCGCAGUUGUGGUCAGAAAUCGUCGCCCUGAAGAAGAACAACUUUGUACACACAAGUAAAAUCGCUUCGUUAUCGCCAUUUUUGGAUGAUUUUGGAAUUAUACGAGUUGGAGGUCGUUUAAAGAACUCAACAUUAGACUUUGAGGCACGUCAUCCAAUGAUUCUACCAAAGAAUCAUCCAUUAACGUCGUCAAUAAUCACUCAUUUUCAUCGAAAGUAUCACCACGCAGGACCUCAGUCUCUACUUGCAUCCAUUCGUAUGCAAUUUUGGCCUAUAGGUGGAAGAAAAACUAUUGCGAGUGUUCUACGAAAAUGUAUUAUUUGUUGCAGAUCAAAACCACGCCUUGUUGAGCACAUCAUGGCUGACUUGCCUAAGGAACGCAUCCACGCAUCGCGCCCCUUUAUCGUUACGGGCAUAGACUACUGUGGACCAUUUUAUUUCAAACCCGAAACGCGUAAGAAAGCACCUCAAAAAUGCUAUGUUAGCGUAUUCAUUUGCUUCGCCACAAAAGCCGUGUGGAUGGAACUGGUGAAAGAUCUUUCAACAGGCUCUUUUCUUUAUGCACUUAAGCGCUUUAUAUCUACUCGUGGCAUACCAAGUUGCAUUUGGUCAGACAAUGCUACAAAUUUUGUUGGCGCCAAGAACGAGCUGAAGGAUUUACGAGAGCUAUUUCUUAGUGAAAAUCAUCGCAAUCAAGUUCACGCUUACUGCCUCAAUAAUGGGAUAGAUUGGCGUUUUAUACCUCCUCGAUCACCACAUUUUGGUGGCCUGUGGGAGGCAGCAGUAAAAAUGGCAAAAAGGCAUUUUUAUCGGUCCGUUGGUUCGUCACUUCUCGGUUUUGAAGAAUUACGUACCUUAGUAUGUCAAAUAUCAGCAGUAAUUAAUUCAAGACCUCUUGUGCCACUUUCAGAAAAUCCAGAAGAUCUUAAUGUACUGACGCCCGGACAUUUUCUUGUUGGUGGUCCUCUUAUCGCUAUUCCUGAGCCGAACCUCGCGCAUCUAAACUGCAAUCGUUUAGAUCGCUGGCAGCAGGUUACCUACAUCCAACAGAUAUUUUGGAAGCGAUGGAGUGAAGAAUAUCUUACUAUUCUACAACAACGAGCGAAGUGGCGUAAACCACACCCAAACAUUGAAGUCAAUGACAUCGUAUGCAUCAAAGACGAAAAUUCAGCUCCUCUCAAAUGGCCGUUAGCUCGUGUUACAGAAGUUGUCACUGGGACAGACGGGGUCGCAAGAGUAGCCGUUCUUCGUACGUCUACCGGCAUGACGCGUCGAGCUAUCAACAAACUGUGCGUUUUACCUGUCAAUGAUUCUUUUGAAAGUCAGACCUUUCAACGGGUGGAGGAUGUUCGGAGCAGCUCCUUUCACAAUGGAACUACCAAUAAUGAGUAG